AUGGCAGGCUGUGGAGCGUUCAGCAUGCGAUUGGUUAUAUGUCUGUGUCUACUCUAUGUAGCAAACGGGUCGCCGUUAUCGCAUUCAAGCAAAAAAGAAGUAUGGAGUAUAGAACGAGAGCUUGAAAAUGCCAUCGACGAAAUUCUACACGAGAAACAGAUUGACAAAGCAAAACGUGAGAUGGUCAAACCUAAGAAAGAGGAUGCUAAUAAGACAAACAAGAUCAAAAGUGAGACCAUUUGUGAAAACAACAACUGCCACAAGGCACAAGGCAAUGGCAGUGGCAACCCGCUCCCAAACAUGCAAGACGGUCAUAAAACACAACCGAAACAAGACCUAGGGGGAACUAAAAGACACAUCGACACGUCAAGUUCUGGAAAAUGGGAUGGAGGAGACAUCCCAUACGACGCCACCGAACUAUUAAACUUUUUCGAAGGAAGCUCAGAUUCUGACGUAACGCAAAGCUCCAUUCCCGGAUAUAUUAACGCCGCGGCGAAUUUGUUCAAAACCAAAACCUGUCUGAAUGUGAGAGAAAGAGACGGAGCGGACGGAGCGGAAUACGUUAAAAUCACAGGCGAUACCUCUGGCGGGUGUUCCGCAGGUGUAGGCAGGUUCUCAGGGCAACCGACUCCAAUCCAUUUCAACUUGAACAUCAAUCAGGGUUGUAAUUCUUUUUAUGUGGUUCUGCAUGAAUUCCUGCAUGUGAUAGAUGGUCACCAUGAACAGUCACGCCGCGACCGCCAUGAGCAUUUGAAAAUACAGUGGAAUAGUCUACAGGCUGGUGCUUCUCCCAACUUUAUAACAGAUUCGGAUGAUGUGUUCGCGGCAUCUUCAAUCCCAUUGAGUCUGGAAUCUGUACUCAUGUACUCUCGAUUUAUAUUUAGAAAAGAUACAAAGGAAACCAUGUCCAUUUUCGACAAAAAUAUAGAAUUUCUGUCUGAAGAAACGAAAAACGACCUUUCAUUCUACGAUCAUAAAGCCAUCACAAAAGUCUACGAAUGUGGAAAAGAUUGUGGUAGCCUUGCCUGUCAGAACGAAGGAUUUGCUACAAAAACUGUAACUAAUUCAGUGUGUUCGUGUGUGUGUCCGGAGCAUAUCACUGGCUCAACGUGCGAGGAGCUACAGGGGGACGCGCAAUGCAGUAGAACCAUCACUUUAGGUGAAAAUGGAAAUGACGUGAUUCAAUCCCCGAACUAUCCUAAUACUUACAGCACGGGCGAAAAAUGUGUUUAUUUGAUCAAGGCAUCUGUCGGGUCAAGAAUUAAGUUUGAACUUAACAAAAUGGACAUCGCAAAAGGAAGUUCUGACUGUAUCGACACACUGCAAAUCCGUUACCAUCUUGUAGGAGAAACAGGUCCGCGCUUUUGUGGUACAACAGAUAUCACUAAAACAUUUCUAAGUGGUGCAAAUUCCGAGUCACACAUAGCCACAGUCAUAUGGGAUACAACCACAGGAUCGGCACAAACCGCAACGAUGGGCUUCUCUAUGACUGUCACAGCCUUUAAAUCAGGUUGCUUACCUAGACCCUGUAAAAAUGGCGGUACGUGUGUUGAAGAUGAAAGUGUCGACGGGGGGUUCAUUUGCAUAUGUGGUCCUGGUAUCGGCGGCACUGAUUGUAGCGUCGCUACAGGAAGCGUCUCGUGUAAUGAGGGACUUGAUAUUGAUAUUGAUGGGACUUGCCCUUUUGAAGUUCAAGACGGGAGUUCCAUGCGAUUUGGCGAGAGAACACGUGCCGGAUAUUCCAAUGAUCCACCGGAACCAGCCGACACUCCUACGUUCUAUUAUGUAUACCCAACAACAUCCUUCUUUCAAACAGAUGCAGCUACUUUAGUGUCGACGGUUAAAUUUCCAGAUGAUGUCCCACUGUGUGUGCGAUUCAAAACCAUAGUAAAUGCCCAGGACUCAGAUAGUCUACUGAUCGUACAAGUCAGUGAUGAUUCCAAUACCACGCCCAGUGUUUUGCUGACUGUUGGUGACACUGGGCUGUCACCUUGGCAAUCAAAAGAAAUCGAGGUAGCAGUGGGAUCUUCAAACCGAAAGCUUUAUUUCAGGGGCGUCUAUGGAGCCGGCCAGGGUGUUUAUCUAGAUGAUAUCUCUGUUGUCCUUGGCCAGUGCAAUAAUCUGUGCCAACCAAACCCCUGUCUCAAUGGGGGGAGCUGUAAGCAGACUGGAAGUGAAAUUCAGUGUACUUGUGCGACAGGAUUCACGGGAAGCACCUGCAAUACAAUUGUUGAGUGUCAGUCUAACACCUGUCAGAAUGGCGGCGUUUGCGUCAACACAAAUGGUAUCCUAAGCUGUAAUUGUGUUUCUGGCUUCACUGGACCAGCAUGUGAAUACACAGAUCUGUGCCUGACUAAUCCAUGUCUGAAUGGAGGAAGCGGCUGUACACAGACGGGGACCGAAGUGAAGUGUACGUGUCUAACUGGGUUCACGGGAAACAUCUGCGACUCCAUCGUUGAGUGUCUGUCUGACAGCUGUCAGAAUGGCGGCACUUGCGUCAACACCAAUGGUGUCCUAAGCUGUAAUUGUGAAGCCGGAUUUACUGGAACUCUAUGUCAAUACACAGAACUCUGUUUGCCAACCAACCCUUGCAAUAAUGGCGGCACCUGCACACAAAGAGAAGAUACAUUCACAUGCGCAUGCCCAGUUGGAUUUGGUGGAACUAACUGCAAUGACAACGAUAUUUGUUCCACCCAACCAUGUCAAAAUGGUGGCAGUUGCACUCAGGUGGGAACUUCAAGCUUUUAUUGUGCAUGCGACGAUGGCUUCAUCGAUGAUAUAUGCUCAACAACUGGUGUUGGGUGUUCUUUUGAGUCAGGCCAGGUCUGCAACUUCGACAAUGUGGGAUUUGAUCAGUUUGAUUGGGGAAUUGGCACGCAAGGAGGAGUAGGCCCUUCAGCCGCUCAACAUGGGGAAAAAUAUAUGUACAUAGACUCAAACGGUCGACAGCAGCAAGACAGUGCGUGGUUUUUCGCAAGUAGCCUGUCUGCUGAAGCUAACUGCCUGACAUUUUACUAUGAAAUGUUUGGGGCGCCUGGAUCGUUUGGAGUAUACUCGGCUGCAACCGGCGGCGACACGCUAUUUUCAAAAUGGACCACAUCUGGAGAAUCUUUCACGGGGUAUAAAGAGACUAAAGUAGAUAUCCCAUCCGGAGAAACACAGGUCACAUUCAUAGCAACGUUAACAAAUGUUGAUGGUUCUGGAUAUGUGACACUCGACAACAUACGCAUUUAUGACGGAUCCUGUGAUGACUGUAAACCUAACCCGUGUAUGAAUGGAGGCUCGUGUGCUGUUGAGGGAGGCUCUGCUACCUGUACCUGUGCCAGUGGCUACACAGGACCAACGUGUGCUGAAGCUCCUUGCGAUUCAUCACCAUGUCAAAACGGAGGAACUUGUUCCGCAUCAGGAUCGACUUUCAUCUGUAGUUGUGUUAGCGGGUAUACCGGGGAUACGUGUCAAACAAACGCUCCUUGCGAUUCAUCACCAUGUCAAAACGGAGGAACUUGUUCCGCAUCAGGAUCGACUUUCAUCUGUAGUUGUGUUAGCGGGUAUACCGGGGAUACGUGUCAAACAAACGCUCCUUGCGACCUAUCACCAUGUCUAAACGGAGGAACUUGUUCCGCAUCAGGAUCGACUUUCACCUGUAGUUGUGUUAGCGGGUUU